AUGGCCAGGGCGGCCGUGCGGUCAAGGCUAGGCCAGCACGCGCGGGGGACUCAACGGUGCCGCGGCGCUGGUGACGGCCGCCCUGGCCUGCUGGACGGCGCCGCCGCUCUCAUGGCCGCCGCGGGCAGCCUCGCCCAGACCCGCGGCACCGAGACGCCGGCGCGCGCGGCGCCGACAGGGAGCCCUGCUCAAAAGGGGCAGGAGCUGCUGCUCGUCUCGAUGCAGUGGGGGCCCGCGCCGAGAGGCGCCCUCCUGGCCUCCAGAG